AUGACUUCGACUUGGUACAAAUCUCGCAGCCGCUACACUAACCGGAAGUAUGAUGACGCUUCGAAGGCCCAGGCAUCUCCUCCUCCGCCAUUGGGGAACCUGGUUCAAACCAUCGAGAUAUCUGAUCUCGAUAUGAAUCUCAACAGCAAGAUCGCCUCACCUUCGAUCCGCGACUGCAGACUCAUCACAUCAUACAACUGGCUUGAGGGGAAGGAAGCCGCACCAACGAUCCUUGUGCCUGGUAAAUCUGCCGUUAUCCGUGCAUCAGAGAUGUUGCUGACAGAAUGCUUGUUCUUGACGAUAGGCAAGCCACCUUUGUGGGCUCCAGUUGCAUCUCCGUCGCGUCUCAACGAAGACAAUGGGACUUACUUCCGAGACAAAAACGCCGCCCGAUUCCCGAAGCACCCAUUGGAGCCGUGUGUUAUCGCUGCCAUGGAGGCGGACAACAACAUCUCUCCCGAGGUUGAUAUCGUGGCUUGUGGAAGCACCUUGGGCAACCUCCUUCGCUUUGUUCGCCGGCAAGACAAGCCGUUCCGAAUCCUCGUUGAAAAAAUCCACAAUACCGUCUUCUUCACGAGACGUGAGAACACACCCACCGAGAUCAUUCCCGGAGUCCGUGGAUAUGGUCACAGCUUUCCCGAGGCUAAUACCAUCUGGGAGCCUGAUGUCAAGGGGUCGGCCUCGCACCAACGCAUCGUUCGAUAUACCUUCGGUGGUCAUCGCAUCCUAGUUCGUUUCGAAGCAGAUGGAUACAUCAAGCCCCAUGCUCAAGGCCCUUCCUCGGUCAAUAGCACCUCGUCCACAACCGUCAAGGAUCAGACAUCUCUUGCGGAUUUACUCUCUGAAGCUGACAUGGGACUUGCAUCCCAGACCACUGCUACAUUAGCCGAGUCCACCAUCAAUGUCAAAUUCGGCGGUGAGCUUAUCCCGCAAGCUCAAGUCUUUGAUCUCAAGACCCGUAGCAUCUACACCAAGGACAAGAAGGAUCAUCUUGCCGAGGAACUGCCCCGUCUAUGGGUCUCCCAAACCCCCACGUUCAUUCUCGCCUUUCACACCCAGGGGCUGUUUAAAAAGGCGGAUAUUCAGAUCAAGGACGUCAGGGAGGAUGUCCAACGUUGGGAGUUGGAUCACCAGGCUGAGCUUGCACAGCUCAAGAGUCUCAUUGAUAUGAUCAUCGAGGUUGUCUCCGACAUGCCUGACCAGAAGAUGGAGCUGAGGUAUGCGGGAAUUGGCGGGCUAGAAGUACGUGAGCGGCUUGCGGAUGUGAACGAUGCGCUUUCUGAUGCAGUCAAGGCUCGGUGGGGGUUGCAGGGUGGGGCCUUGACAGAUGAGAGUGAUGAUGGGGUUGGCGAGCCUGAAACUCAGGGAUCUGAUCAUGACUCUUUUGACCCCGAGACUGAUGUCAACGAGGACGACAGCGAUGAAGAUCAUCGGUACAGCCACGACAACCUGUACGGCUACGACUAUGAGGAGGAGCUGCCCGAUUACACAGCUUGUUCGGCAGACGAGUGCGGGUACUGUGGGAAGUGUCCUUACUAG